CGUCAUCGCACCCCGCGCCUGCGCGCCGCGCGCCGACCGACCCUCCCCGACCCCUCAGCGGGGGAGGGGGCGUGGCCCCGCGCGCGGCGAGGGCGGGGAGAAAGGGAGCGGAAACCAACGCGGCCCCCCGCGUGCGUGCGUGCCGCGCCUGCUCAGCCGCGCGCGCGCACCCGGGACGCCCGCCCCCGCCACGGACUUUGCGUGACGGCGGCGGAGAACGCGCGCGCCCGCCCUCCCGUGUGGCCAGCGCCUAUCGCGGCCGCCGCCGCCUCUCCUCCUCGCGGCUGGGAGCGGAACCGACGGCCGCGCCGGCACCUCCCCGCCCCUCCCCCUCCUACUAUUAUCCUCCCGCACGGCGCGCGCGCUCCCCCAGCCAGCCCCCCCUCCCCGGUGCCUCGGGAGCGCGCCCGCUCGGCGAGGGAGGGAUCGAGCCGGCGCUGCCGCCCGCCGCCGCCGCCUAUCCCCUCCAUGGAGCUCGCGCCGCCCCGCUGAGUCGGAGCCGCCCGCCCGCCGCUGCCGCCGCCGCCGCCGGGGAGUAACCGGGGGAGGGAG